GGUAAGAAUGAGCCUUGAUAGAUCAGAUUCCAGAAAUAGCGAUAUGGACGUAGAUUCCAAACCUGCCGAUUCAAAGUAUUUAUUUGGCCAUCCUGAUGGCAUGAUGCAAGAUUUGAAUGAGCUAAAUGAUAUGGUAGACUCUCAGUCGCUCUCCUCACAAUCAGUCAACGACGAAGAUAAUUCUGAUGAUGGAGAAAUAGAUAUAAAAGAGGAACAGAAAGGACACCACGAUGACAGGUUCAGCAAGCAAGCCCAAAACAUAGCUAAGAAGGAUAAAAUGGCUUUCAUGAACUAUUUUACCUGCCGCACACAGAGAGUUCAGCUCAAAUCUGACUCUGAAGAUGUUGGGAAGAAGAAUUUCUCUGAGUUCUUUAAGAAGAACCAGAAGUUGGAAGAGCCUAACAGGGUCAAUCGCCUCCGCAAGGAGAGAGAGGAGAGAAAAGGCGAUAGAAGAAGGAAAGAAGAAAGGGAGAGACAAAAACAAAAGGAAAAGGAGAAAGACCUCACUGAAUUUGCGGUUAAUUAUGCAGAAAAUCCUAAUAUUGCAGAGGAAUCGAAGACCACGAGUUAUGAAGAGCAACUACAUGACUCCUUCUCAACAGGAGAUGGCAUGGCGAAGUCUAUUUGAUGCGAGUUUAAGGAUGAAAUGUACUACAUGCUUGAGUCUGGUCUGAACUUGGCUAUAUAUGGUGUUGGAAGCAAAAUCAAUUUUUUGAAGCAUUUUACAAUGGGAUUAAAAGACCAUGCUAUUGUUGUGGGAAAUUGAUAUCAUCCAGGACUUACCCUCAAAGGAGUCCUAAAAGAGUUGACUACGUAUAUUAACAAUAGAUAUAUGUCUAAGAAGAAUAAUACUGUGAUGAAGCAGAUGAACAAAUUCUUUAGCAUGGGAGAUAACGUUGAAUACCUCUUAAAAACUCUCUCUAUAGAGAGCUUAAACAUUUCGAAGAUUUAUAUUAUUCUUAUCUCAAUUGAUAGCGGGAAUCUGAAAUCAUUAGAGCUACAACGUCAUCUCUCAGUCCUAGCUAGAUGUGAUAAGAUAGGGAUUAUCGUGACAACAGAUACUCUUAAACCAGCUGCUUUUUGGGAUGAUUCAGUGCUGGAUAGAUACAACUUCGUGUUCUACCAAAUAGAUACCUAUGAAGAAUAUGGUUUGGAGAAAUCAAUGUCUACUCCUUUGUUCUCUCUCAAGAACGAGAGGGAGGAGCUUGGGCUUGCUUUCAUCCUGAAAUCUUUCACUGACAUGCAAGUAGAUGCCAUAAAGAUUCUUGCGAAAUUCCAGCUCGACAAUCCCCAUGAACUAGGAAUGAAAGAGCGUGAGUUGUACGAAGAAUGUGUGGACAUGCAGUCAAUCACUGAUAUCAAAACUCUCAAGGACAUCCUUCGUGAAAUCCGUGACCACAAGAUCCUCUUCGAAAGAGAAGAUAAGGAAGGUAACAGCUAUCUCUACCUAAAACUGAAGGCCUCAAUCCUUGAAAAGAUCAUUAAGAACCAGCUGCAAGCUGACGAUUAGAGGAGCUUAAUUCUAAUUUUAAUCCAAUAAUGGUUGAAC